AACUCCAUCUACUAAGAUAACAAUAAAGACCAAUGGAAGCCAUAAACAUACUUUUCUUGUUGUCAUCCAUAUGGAUUCUGUCGACUACUGCUCUAGAUACCAUACCUGUAAAUCAACCUCUAACAGAUGGAACUACCAUUAUUUCAUCUGGUGCCAAGUUCAAGUUGGAAUUUUUUUCACCUGGGACAUCAGGGAAAUGGUACUUAGGAAUAUUAUUCAAUAAAGUUACUGUACAGACAGUGGUAUGGGUUGCUAAUCGAGACAGUCCACUCAACGAUACAUCCAGCGUGCUAAAUUUAACCAGACAAGGAAUUCUUACUCUUAUAAAUGAUUCUGGCAGAGUCAUUUGGUCAUCCAAUUCCACUAGACAUGUAGAAAAUCCAAUAGCACAACUUCUUGAUUCAGGCAAUCUUGUUGUUAGAGAUGAUUCAACUGAGAAUUAUCUGUGGCAGAGUUUUGACUAUCCAACUGACACGGCUCUACCUGGAAUGAAGCUUGGGAUUGAUCUGAAGACUGGUUUUCGUGGUUUCCUCAGGUCGUGGAAGAGCAGAAAUGACCCCUCCAAGGGUGAGUUUAAUUGGGUAUUUGAUCUUCGUGGAUUCCCACAACCAUUUGUCAUGAACGGUUCCAUUGAACACUACAGGUCUGGACCGUGGAAUGGUCGAGGCUUUUCUAAUUCGCCAUCUCAGCUACCAAGUCCUGAUUAUAACUAUACAUAUAUAUCUGAUCCAGAGAAAGUUUCCUUUAUGUAUCAGUUAACGGAUAGGUCUAUCCUUGCAAGGGUAGUGAUGCAAGUAAAUGGGGUUCUACAACUCUCGAUAUGGAAUAAUCAAACUCAGAAUUGGGAUGACUAUGUUAGUGUACCAGCAGAUAACUGUGACAUUUAUGGACAGUGUCAGUCAUAUGGUCUCUGCAACAGUGGCAACACUCCAAUCUGCAGAUGUCCGGAUAAAUUUGAACCAAAAGAUCCAACAGAAUGGGCAAGGGGAAAUUGGUCAAAAGGUUGUGUUAGAAAGACAUCAUUGAAUUGCCAAAAGGAAGUAAAAUUCUUGAAAUAUCCAGGCAUCAAGUUUCCAGACACUCGUUUUGCUUGGUACAGUCGAGGAGUGACUCUAAAUGCAUGCGAGGAAUUGUGCUUGAGAAACUGCUCAUGUAUGGCUUAUGCAAAUCCAGACAUAACAGGGACAAAUGAAGGGUGCUUGCUUUGGUUUAAUGAGCUGAUGGACAUCAGAGAGUUUGGUGCUAGUGGGCAAGAUAUCUAUGUAAAGUUGGACUCUUCCGAGUUAGGUAACUCCAGUACAAAAAAGGUAAAGAUACUGAGUAUCAGCUUGCCAGUGGCAGCGUUAGGACUGCUCUUAGCACUAUGCUUAAUCUUGUACAUAAGGCGAAAGAAGAAGGAUCAGAAUCAGCAACAUUUUAGCAAAGGAAGAGGAACAAGAAGCUCUGAAAUGUUCUGCACUAACGAAAACAAAGACGAAGAGCUAGAUUUACCGUUGUUUGAUUUUGAAACUAUAUCUCAUGCUACCAAUAACUUUUCGCUGAGCAACAAGCUUGGAGAGGGUGGUUUUGGACCUGUUUACAAGGGUGUACUCAAAGAUGGACAAGAAAUUGCAGUAAAGAGAAAUUCAAGAUACUCAGCACAGGGAACGGAUGAGUUCAAGAAUGAGGUUAUCUUCAUUGCUAAACUCCAACAUCGGAAUCUUGUGAAGCUUCUUGGUUGUUGUAUACAAGCAGAAGAAAAAAUGUUGGUUUAUGAGUACAUGCCUAACAAUAGCUUGGAUUGGUUCCUUUUUGAUACAGAUAGGGGGUCACUGCUUGAUUGGCCUAAGUGCUUCCAUAUUAUGAAUGGAAUUGCUCGCGGACUUCUCUAUCUACAUCAAGACUCAAGAUUGCGGAUAAUCCACAGAGAUCUUAAACCUAGCAAUGUUUUGCUAGACACUGAUAUGAGCCCGAAGAUAUCUGAUUUUGGCAUGGCAAGAAGUUUCAGAGGAAAUGAGACUGGAGCCAUGACAAAAAGAGUUGUUGGGACAUAUGGUUACAUGUCUCCGGAGUAUGCAGAAGAAGGAAAAUUUUCAGUGAAAUCAGAUGUAUUUAGCUUUGGAGUUCUAGUAUUGGAGAUUUUAAGCAGGAAGAGAAAUAGAGGGUUCUUCCAUCCAGACCAUAACCAUAAUCUUCUAGGACAUGUCUGGAUCCUCUUCAAAGAAAGCAGGGUUAUGGAAGUAAUAGAUGCACAACUAAGGCAGUCAUGCAAUCAGUCUGAAGUUCAAAGAUCAGCCCAUGUAAGUCUAUUAUGUGUGCAGCAGUGUCCAGAAGAUAGGCCGAGUAUGGCGUCAGUUGUGCUCAUGUUGGGUAGUGAUGUUGCACUACCCUUGCCUAAAGAGCCAGGCUUUUUCAAUGGAAGAAGCCAAUCCACUGAAGCAGACACUUCAUCUAGCAAGCACGGCAAAACUUCUGUCAAUGAAUUAAGCAUCACACAACUAGAUGUCAGAUAGGAGAUAAAGUUUAAG